AGUGAAGUUUAAAAGGCUGUUACAUUCAUGCUCGUUCUCAAUACGUUUACGAUACUCAUUCGAGUCGCUUUUAUAGUUUUUAUGUCAUUGUUGUCUAUGAAUAUUAUUCGGCACUUUACUAGCAGUGCUAAAAAAAUGGCUGUGCUCGCGCCUGCAAUAUUCGUCAACCAUGGGGGCGGUCCGAUGCCUUUACUGGGUGAAAAGGAUCAUGUAGGACUUACAAUAUUUCUCCGGGACGAAGUUAAGAAACAUGUUAAUUUUAAGGACGUAAAAGCGAUCAUCCUCGUCACUGCGCAUUGGGAGGAAAGUAAAGUCACGAUAUCAUCGGGGAAACAUCACGAUUUAUACUUUGACUACUACGGUUUCCCGCCAGAAACUUACAAAUAUAGAUACGACGCACCAGGAGAUCCAGAACUGGCCGAAAGAAUCCAAACAGAACUAAAAAAAGCGGGCAUAGAUUCUAAAUUGGACCCUAAAAGAGGUUGGGACCAUGGAGUUUUUGUACCAAUGAUGCUAAUUAAUCCUAACGCUGACAUUCCAAUAGUACAAUUAUCUGUGCUAUCCAAUCAAGAUCCAGAGCAGCAUUAUAACCUUGGAAAAGCUUUGUACCAAUUCCGUAAAGAAGGUGUAGCUAUCAUCGGUUCAGGAAUGUCGUAUCACAAUAUGUAUGAAUUUAGAUACAGUCGCAACGCUGGGCAAGUUGUAAACAAAGAAUUUGAUGAAUAUUUGACCAAAGCCUGUACAUCUAGCAAUGAGAAAAGGAAGCAAGAUUUAAUUGCUUGGGAUUCUCAGCCUGGGGCAAGAGAUGCUCAUCCUCCACGGGCUGCUGAGCAUUUGAUGCCAUUGAUCGUGAUUGCUGGAGCUGGUGGUCAGGGUCCAGGGGAGAGGAUAUUUAAUUGGGAUAUGAGUGGUACUUUUAGACUUAGUGGGUUUAUAUGGAAAGGGGAAUAAUAUAUAUAUAUGACCAUUUGACACAGUUAA